AUGUUAUCCAACGCGAUUCUUUUCUUCAUGAUUCCUCUGCAAUUACCCGCAGUUUAUGGCCAGAGUAAGCAAGAGGCAUGCGCCCAGAUUUACGAUGAAAUAAAGGACUUUUAUGGCGAUGGAAUCCCCCCUGAAGUCAGUCGAGCGCUCCUCGAGAAAUUCAUCGAUUAUUACCAAGAUCCUCACAAAUUUCCGGAUGUAAGAUUUAAGUUUUGUAACAAGUUGACAAUAGUAGUUUUAGGUGAUACGAUCAUGCAGAAUUGGUUUUAUGAACUGCUUACUGAAACAAGAGCAGAGCGAUACUUUCAUUCCGAGGACUCCGUCUUGUUGUCGAUGCUGA